AUGUCCGACUUGACUAACGAAGACCCUGCCUGGUUGAAUAAGGGUGACCAGGCAUGGCAGCUCACGGCAGGCACCUUGGUUGCCUUGCAGUCCAUCCCUGGACUGGCUAUGCUCUAUGCUGGCUUCGUCAAGAAGAAAUGGGCUAUUAACUCGGCGUUCAUGGUCUUCUACGCCUUCGCCGCCACGCUGAUCUGCUGGGUUAUCUGGGCAUACAAGAUGGGUUUCGGAGAACAAUGGGGCAGAUUCCCUCUCGUGGGCACCCCAGGACCGGUCUUGACCAUGCGUCAGAACCUGGCGCAGACGUAUAUGCCUGCCGCGGACGUCACGACCAACUUCAACAUGUCGACCAUGAUCUACUUCCAGUUUGUCUUUGCCGCCAUCACCGUCAUCAUUUUGGGCGGCUCCUUGCUAGGCCGCAUGAACUUCCUGGCCUGGAUGGUCUUUGUUCCUCUUUGGAUUACCUUUAGCUAUACCGUUGGCGCUUUCAGUAUCUGGGGAGGAGGCUUCUUGUACCAGAUGGGUGUCCUGGACUAUUCUGGAGGAUACGUCAUCCAUUUGAGUUCUGGAACUGCAGGCUUCAUCGCUGCCUACUGGCUCGGUCCUCGCCUCCAGCGCGACAAAGACUCCUUCUAUCCGAACAACGUGCUCCUCAUGCUGGUCGGCGCCGGCAUCCUUUGGGUCUGCUGGAACGGAUUCAACGGUGGUGACCCGUACGCUGCGAGUCCCGAUGCCGGCGUUGCCGUCCUCAACACCAACAUCUGCACCGCCAUGAGUCUACUCGUGUGGACGGUCCUGGACUUUAUCUUCUUGAAGAAGCCGUCGGUCAUCGGCGCCGUGCAGGGAGAGAUCACCGGGCUGGUUGCCAUCACCCCGGCUGCUGGGUUUGUUACUGGAUGGGGCGCCAUCAUCAUCGGCGCUUGCUCUGGCUCCAUUCCCUGGGUUUCCAUGAACAUCCUGGGACGUCAAGAAUGGUUUAAGAAGGUUGACGACGUCAUGGGCACUGUUCAUACACACAUGGUCGCCGGUACGCUCGGCGGGUUCCUAACCGGGCUGUUCGCCACCAAAGAAGGGUGCGCAGCUUUCGGUCUCACAAACCCCGGCGGAGCGAUUGACGGCAACGGAAGACAAGUCUGGUUGCAGAUCGUCGGGGCGCUGUUCAUCAUCGGGCUGAACCUCUUCAUGACCUCCGUGAUCAUGCUGUUCAUCAAGUACGUGCUGCGCAUCCCGCUGCGCAUGUCCGACGAGCACCUGAUGAUCGGCGACGACGCCGUGCACGGCGAGGAAGCCUACGCCCUCUUCUUCGAGGGCGAACGCAGUCAUAUGAGUAUCCAUCCGAGUGAUCUCGAGACCGUCGCUAUUACCGAGGGUCACAGCUUUGCCAGACAUGACCACAGCGGUAGCCCUGCCAGCCCUGCGGAGCCGGCGACCAAGGACUCUCAGGCUAAACUUGAUUAA